ACCAUGGCAUCAAUACCAGGAGCUAUCAGAGUCCUUACAGCAGUCCUUCUACUGGCCAGAGGAUCCCUCUCACAGCUGAAUGUGUGUGGUCAGGCUCCUCUUAACACACGUAACACUCGCAUUGUGGGCGGAGAAAACGCACCGGAGGGGGCGUGGCCAUGGCAGGUCAGUCUGCACAGCGGAGGCCACUUCUGCGGAGGGUCCCUCAUCAACAGCGGCUGGGUUCUGACCGCCGCCCACUGCUUUCCCAGCACCAACCCCUCCGGCCUGGUCGUCUACCUCGGACGGCAGACUCAGGAGGGCAGCAACGCCAACGAGGUCUCCAGGACCGUCAGUCAGAUCAUCAGACAUCCUGAUUACGACGACCAAACCAGCGAUAACGACAUCGCCCUCCUCCAGCUGUCCUCCUCCGUCACCUUCACUGACUUCAUCCGCCCCGUCUGCCUUGCAGCAGCCGGCAGCACCUUCAACAGGGGCACUGACAGCUUUGUGACAGGCUGGGGCACGAUUAGAUCAGGGGUGCCCCUCCCCUCACCCCAGACGCUACAGGAAGUGGAGGUGCCCUAUGUGGGAAACAGGAACUGCUUCUGCAAGUACAGCGUGCGGGACAUCGGCAUCACUGACAACAUGAUCUGUUCCGGGACGGACGAAGGUGGCAAGGACUCCUGUCAGGGAGACUCAGGUGGUCCAUUGGUGAGUAAGCAGGGCUCUGUGUGGGUCCAGUCCGGCGUGGUGAGUUUCGGUAUCGGCUGUGCUCUGGCGGAGUUCCCGGGGGUGUAUGCGCGCGUGUCAGAGUACCAGAGCUGGAUCAACUCCCAGAUCACCAGCAACCAGCCGGGAUUCGUCACCUUCACCUCCAGUGGGACCGACUCGGACCUGAGUGCCACCUGUGCUGGUCUGCCACCCGUCACCACCACCACAACCACCACCACCACCACCACCAUACCCACAACUACCACACCACCGGUGGUGUGUGGACAGGCGGCUCUGAACUCGCGUCUGAUUGGUGGGUCAGAUGUGGCGGCGGGGUUGUGGCCCUGGAUGGCGAGUCUGCACAGUAAUGAAAGCGGGGCGCACGUGUGUGGAGGAACUCUGGUCGGGGAGGACCUCGUGCUCACAUCAGCCAACUGCUUCUCUAGUUCCCCUGUAGCCUCCAAUUGGACGGUGUUUCUGGGCCGCCAGAGCCAGAAUGGCUCCAACCCCAAUGAGGUGUCAGUGGGCGUGGCAAACAUCACGCUGAGCAGCCUAUCAGGCGAUAACGUAGCCAUGCUGACGCUGUCCAGUAAGCCCGCCCUCUCCAACUUCAUCCAGCCAAUCUGCCUGGAGCAGGGCGGGGCCACUAUCGCCACGGGAACCACCUGCUGGGUUGCAGGCUGGGGCAACACCACAGGUGAACAGCCUCUUCAGGAGGUGCAGACAUCAGUGGUUGCCUGUGGCAACGCAUCCUCCUCUACUGAUGACAUCUGCACCAACACUGUUCAGUUACAACAGGGUGAUAUGGGCGGUCCUCUCAUGUGUAAACAGGGGAGUUCAUGGCUCCAGCUCUCGGUGCUCACCGUCACCUCAAACUCCUCCUCCUCCUCAUCUAACUCCUCCUCCUCAUCAAACUCCACCUCCAGAGCCCUGGACCAAUCAGAUCGCGCCACCCCACAGGUCUUUACUCGAACGUCUCACUUCAGCAGCUUCCUGUCCAGUUUCUCCUUCCCGUCAACUGCCACGGCCUCCAGCAGGGGGCAGCACUCGUGCAUGGCCCUCCCCCUCCUCUCCCUCCUCCUCCUCACACUCACCCCUCUGCUGGCCUCCCAGCAUUAGCCCUCAGGUCAAAGGUCACGACUACCCACAAUCCACUGCUGCACCUACACCACCUGGUUUAAAACAACAACAACAGCAAUAACAACAACAACAGCAACAACAACAACAACAAUAACAACAGCAACAUCAACAACAGCAGCAACAACAACAACAACAGCAACAUCAACAACAACAACAACAACAACAACAACAACAACAACAGCACUGUGGCUUAGUUGUGGGUCUUUGUCUUGUCAUAACGCCCUCUUCUGUGUGAGGACAGAACACUGUAGUCGAUAAUUGAUUCUUGUAUUGAUGCCUUAAACUGCGUCGUUUAAUACUUCUCCUUUCAGCUCUUUUUCUUCUGUCGUUGCUCAGCUGCUUGAAGGUGAAGUGUCGUCCCACUGAUAAGAGGUCAAAGGUUGUGCCCUAAGGGGGGGGGGGGGGGGGGAGAUCAGACACCGUUACUUGCACUUGAUGGACACACUUCUGCACAACUGCACAACCACACAACUGCAGUCUGGAACCAUCAGCCAUCUCGAACAUGAGGAACCAGCAGACCCAACUGCAGUCUGGAACCAUCAGCCAUCUCUAACAUGAGGAACCAGCAGACCCAACUGCAGUCUGGAACCAUCAGCCAUCUCUAACAUGAGGGACCAGCAGACCCAACUGCAGUCUGGAACCAUCUCUAACAUGAAGAACCAGCAGACCCAAUUGCAGUCUGGAACCAUCAGCCAUCUCUAACAUGAGGAACCAGCAGACCCAACUGCAGUCUGGAACCAGCAGCAUCCAAAUCCCACCAAAGAGCAUUUACAUUUGAACACGACACAUGCAGGCCAUGCACUCUCAGGGAUCAACGUUGUGAAUCAAGCGCUGGCAGCUCAUUGGAGUAACUGGACAUGAGUUCUGGAAGGGACUGUCCCUCUGCACUGGAAGGGACCACAUGUCCUUUGAUUUGAUGUCUGCACUUUAGGCGGGGAUCACACUAGCCAGCGGCAAUCGGCAGGUUUCCUAUUGUUCUCUAUGGUUCGGCAGCGGAACAGUGACAACGCUGGCGUAACGCUAGCAUUGAGCAAACUGGGAGUUGGACUUGGUUCAACUUUGAAGCGCAACGCUCGGCACAUCACAAUCAGUUUUAGAAUGUUUAGGUAUUUUGACCAAUAAGAUUCGUCUAACAACGUAGCAGCAAAUAUUGAACUUAGCAACGAGAUAGAAUGUUUUGGAUGUAUUAUUAUGGUCUGAGCGUUGCGUUACGCUUGCCGCUGGCUAAUGUGAUCCCCGCCUUAAACUAAUAGUUGUUAUUCAUAGCAAUGAAAACGUUCAAAUGUAUGUAGCGGUUAGUUUUAGAUGAAAAGGCCAUUGUUGUCUGUGCUGUUGACUGUGAUUGUGAUGUUCUUUGUAAGUGAGGUGGCCAUUUCCAAUACUUGAAGCACAACGAUGUCUCUCUUCUGAAGCACAGGACUGCAUGCUGAGGUCCACCAUGUGCUGCUGGAUUACGGAGCAAUUCUAAUCUCUAAUGGGAUAUGACAAUGGUUUUGAGUUUCUGUUGAAUAUACAGUAUAUCAUGAUCUCUAAUGGUAUGGGGUAAUAAAAGGUAAUGGUUUUAUGUCUUUUUAUAGCAAUUAAAAAUUGUACUGGUG